AACGAUUAAAGACGUUCCAUUUUGCCCAACUUUAUUAAAGACAUGGAAAUACUCAUAUUCCUGAUCAGCAAUCACUCUUUAAUCACUUGUAAGUUCGUUGAUACUAUCAUUCGUUGGAGUAGUUGGAAUAAAUAAUAAUUUAUACAGAACAUUUCAAACAUUGCAUAAUUUCGUUUUUUGUGGAGAAUAUCUUUUUCAAGUAGCAACCAGUCAAGAUUGAUUUUUUUAAUGCUCGAUUGUUCAAUAUUCCCUUUUCACACAGUUUAGCAAACGAUAUUUCAAUAUUUGCAUUCAUAAUUGUUAUUGAAGUUUGAGAUUGCCGCCGCCAUUAUUGAAAACCUGCCGAAAUUCACGGGACCAUGAACUAAAGCUUUCGAGAUGCGAUUGUUCAUUCAUUUCAGUCUCAACUUCGUUGCGUAGCUAACUUCAGGUAUCGGCGUAAAAUAAUAUUUUUGACGAUUGUGCAUCAGAGGAAUGAAAUAACACCUCGGCGUCAAGAUGGAAAAAAAUUUAAUACGAAAGAAAGGAAAAAAAUAAAGUAAUAAGGGCAUAUCUGUUUGUGAGUAGGAACGCCAGUAUAUUGUGAACAUUACUCUUUUAUUAUUCCCACGAAGACGUCAGUUUACUCAUGUACCCUCUUAAACGAAUAAUAAAUGACGGUAUGAAUGGAUCGGAAGAGACGUGCAAAUUGUGGAAUUGGGUUGUAAAUUGAGUCCACUAAUCGAUUAAAAACGGCAAGCCAUAAAAUGCAAAGAGUUCGUGUUAUUGAGAAUUUUCAUGUGUCAAAAUGUGAUUGAGAAGAAAUAUAUUAAAUAACUCUAAUAAAAAUAUCGAUUCUAAAAUAUGCAUCGUAUUCGUUUUCGUAUGGCUGGUCUAGUGUUGAGUUGAAAUCCUCAUUCUUGUGCAUAUGAGGCUAUGAAAAAAAAAAUACACCCAAACAAAAACUGAAAAAGAGACGUGGAUGGUGUCUGGAAUAACUCGAGGAUUUCAUGGGCGAGUUGUGUCACGAGCUGACGAAGAGAUUGUUCCUUUCGAUUUACGUCUCCGCCAUGAUUUUAUCUGUUCCUCCCUCAUUUUUGUUGGUAUUUUAGUUGAACAUAGAGUUAAUGGAGACCUGAGAAACUAACGAAAAUGAGUUAUCAACAACUCGAAGUAUUCAUGUUAUCAGUUGGAUGAUUCACGACAAGAUAUCUAUCAGAGAAAACCACUACCGUAAGUUCUGAAGAAUGAUGCUUUCAAUGUUCAACGUAAACGCAUAUCAUUCUCAAAAUAAAUUCCAACGUGAUCCACAUUGGUUCAAGCCAAGUAUUGCAAAAAUAACUCCACGUGGAUAUGUGAGAUGAUAAUUCAGUAGAGAAGAGGUAAAAGGAGAUAAUUCACUACUGACUAUUGACCGGGUUUUAAAAACGAACCUAAGGAAGAUAGCAAAAUUUUUGUUUUAACUUUUUUGUGGAGCAUAUGGAGCACUGCAACAAAUGUCAUUACAAAAAUUCCAUUAUCUGCCUUAGAUCUGGAGAUAUUGCUGAAAAACGUGAGAGAUAAAUAAACAUAUCUCAGGUGACCACCGAGUUGUACAGGAUGCAUUUCACAAAUGCACAAAUCAAUCAUUUGUAUUAACAGGUUUUACUGCAUAAUUUUCAUCCCCGAUAAUCAACUGCAGAGGUUUUUUAACUUGUCCAUAGGCAGUAGUUCAUUGACAGGCUCUUAAAACUAGUUUUUCCCUUCUGAAUGUCGUGCCAUGAAUGUCGCCACGUUGGAGUGAUGUAUAUGAGACGUCCAACUACUGUCUAGGUAGGUUAGUCAACUGGACGUUCUGUUGAUCGUGAAGGGGACGUCUGUAGUACCAACGUCACACAAGUAAAAAAAUCUCACCUCAUCAACUCCGGAAAAUACUAUUCUCCUAACAUUUUAUCAAAUGAAUUGAUCAAAUUUAUUCGAAAAUAAAUUUUAUUAGAUUCAAUGAAGUAAAAUACCGAAUUUUCCAUGAUCGAUGAAAAUUAUAUUCAAUGUAUUCAAUGAUAAUUCAGGAAUAUGGGAAUACUUUAUUAUGAAAAAAAAACGCUACGCAAUACAAGAUAAGGACUAUUUUUCUCUUUUAAAAAUUGUUUCUCGUGGUUGAUCGAAUCCGUUCGAGUGAUCAAUUCGAGGUCUGAAUGUCACAUUGCCGAUAUCACUCAUGCCCUUCCCCACCCUCGUUUGAAAUAAUUUCUAAUGUCAAGUGUCUCCAAACAGGAAAAAUUGUGCUUGAAUAUUUAUGUCUACAAGAAUCUGCAUAUGCAACGGUUGUCACUGUUAUACCCAACCACUGUCAUUCUUCCGUCAGCACAUUGUCAUCUAGCAAUCAUGACAUUUGCCGGAUAUGCCAUUGUGAGGGAGAAAUUGGGGCUCCUCUGCUUGCCCCGUGUUACUGCAGUGGAAGUCUACGGUAUGUACACCAGGCCUGUCUUCAGCAGUGGAUAAAAGCAUCGGAUACACGGGCUUGUGAAUUAUGUAAAUUCACAUUCAUAAUGCAUGCCAAGACAAAGCCGUUUUCCGAGUGGGAGAAGCUCGAAAUGUCGGCACCUGAAAUACGCAAAUUGUGGUGCGCCGUUGCAUUCCAUGCUGUUGCUGCACUGUGUGUAGCCUGGUCACUCUAUGUUCUCGUUGAACGAUCGGUUGAAGAGGCGCGAAAGGGAUUUGUCGAUUGGCCAUUUUGGACAAAAUUGAUUGUCGUCGUAAUUGGAUCUACUGGUGGUCUUGUAUUCAUGUAUAUUCAAUGCAAAGCGUAUAUUGAACUCUGCAGGAGAUGGCGUGCUUUCAACAGAGUCAUAUUCAUCCAGAAUGCACCUGAGAAAGUGGUGCUUCCCCCAUCUCCCACAGAUUCCCUUCGUGACGUGACACUACCAUUGAAAGAUCCCACUGCCUCAAUGCCUGAGCUGAAUCGCACUCUGUUACCACGAUCCCUGGAUCCAUCAUGUGCAUCAGAGUCAGUCAAGCCAGAAUCAACUACCCCAGCGCAAAAGCACGAUGCCCAGCUAAAGCUGUACGUUUUCGAUAAAUUAUCAUCAUCGGAGGAUAAUUUGUAAAGAAAAAUCGUAUCUAUCAGUUGGCUUUCAUUGAUUAUCGUUUCAUGAACAAGACAUACAUGCAAGUCAUAAUGUAAACAAAAGAAACAGAACUGAUAUUUCACUAAUGUGCGAAUGAUGUUACAAUAAGACAAAGUGAGUCGACAGAAACGUGAAAAAGAACAAAUUUCAAUGGAGUUAUUUGCUUCCAAAGAUGUAACUGAAGGUUUGUGUCUAGCACUCUCCUUUCGAAGCACUUUUACUCGACACUUAGUACUUCAGUGAUUAUAAAAUUGACAAAGGCAUAAAAUAAGAUGCAGAGGGGUAAUAAGUGGAAUGUGAUUUCGUUGGUUUAUAUAUACGAAUCACGUUUCGUACUCUUCCCCAUCAGACAAUUAUGUACAUAAUUAUUAUAUCUGUGAUGUUAUUGAAUAAACUUUACCACAUUCAAACUAUCCGUUUGCUUUUCAAUGGUUUUGUCGAAUUAUAAAUCGAAUAGGUUUAAAUGUGGAGCUCAUAAUGCGCUGAUUGUUAUGAAUCCUAAGGGAUUCGUGGAUGAAUGAAUAUUUUUGUGUACAAUUGAAUUACAUUAGAAGUUAAAUGAUAGGUCGUAAUGAAGUAAUGGAUAGUUAAGAUUUUUAUUAAGUUCAAUAAACUGAUAUGGAAAGAAAAUUCCA